AUGGAGAUGAACAAAAACCUCUCAACUAAGGGCCAUGAAGAAGAGGAGGAAGAGAUCAUCGACUUACCCCCCAUUGACAACUCACAGCUCAUUGCUCGAUUUAAUUUGAGUCUGGUCAGACGCAUGUUCAACCAAGAUAUAAGAAGCACAGAAGCCCUCAUCGCCUUCAUGCCUCGUCAAAACAUAUGGGACGUGGAGGGCAGAGUGCACAGGAUAAACCUUGGAAACUCCCAGUUUCAGUUUGAUUUCGACUUGGAAGCUGAUCUCCAGAGGGUUCUCAGCAAGCGCUCCUGCCAUUUUAACCGAUGGUCCUUCUCUCUGGAAUGCUGGAUAGCUCACGUCGGGGAAUCGUUUCCAAACAACAUGAUCUUCUGGGUAAGAAUCUCUGGAAUUCUGACCCACUUCUGGAUGGAAGAGAACUUCCGUACCAUUGGAGACCGGCUUGGCGAUGUGAAAGCAGUGGAUGCGCGUGCUGCUCGGAUUCAAAUCUCGCUAAAUGCAGACGAACCGCUGAGAUUCAAGAUAAGAGCUCGUCUCCAGUCCGGUGAAGUUGUUCGGGUCGAGAUGAAGUACGAAAAACUCGACAGAUGGUGCCUAACCUGCAGACACAUAUCUCAUGAUGAGAGAUCCUGCCCUCUGCUUACCGAGGAUUAA